AUGAAAAUUCAACAGAGUAUUGACAAGAACAAGGGUAUUCAUGCUCAGGAGAUGGAGUUAGCAAUUCAGCAACUACUGAUCAAAGUCAAGAAGCUUAACCUUGUGUCGUUAGUUGGUCCAUCUAGACCAUCCUACUCAACAAGAAUAGGUGCUCCCAAACAAUCCAAAAUCACCAUGUUUCUUCUUCCUUAUGGUACUAGGUACAUCAACAACAAACUACCAACGGGUGUUGAACCAGUUCAAUAUAUGUUCAUUCGGGAACCAGAGCAUGGAAUUUUCUAUCUUUACAGUCAACAUCACAUGUGCUUUCAACACACUGAUGAUCUUCCUGCUACUCAUACUGAACAUUUGUUUCAUCUUCGUUUUGAAGGACUUGGCCAUUUUGAAAUAGAAAGAGGAUACCAUGGGCUGAUCUCUUUAGAACUUAGUAAAAGAUUGCAAGAGCUUCAAAUUGAUGAAUUCAGAUGGACUAACUUUAAGAUUUUGAAAGAAUUUGAUAAGCUCUAUGAUGGUUCUUCUGAUGAAUCUAAGUAG